AUGUCUGACGGCCUCAACGAUGCUCGAGCUAUGCGGAUAGCAGAGAUUAUGACGGAUUUUCGCAAUCUACAGCACUACCUGAGUCAAUUGCGCGCCACGCCGACCGCGGAGGAGUACUACCUCGAAGGCUACUCACUCCUUCGGUCGUGCGCGAGCGAAGCCCAAACCAUCCUCCAAACCCCUUUCUCCGCCAGUACAGGGGCUUCCACAGGAGAUCCCGAGCGCGAAAGGCAACAACUGAAGACUAUCGUCACAGACGCAGCAGUACGACGAUUUCAGUGCCAAAGAGCGUACCUGAGGGCGCACGCAGGAUUGAGAUGGGUGAACUCGCGUUACAGUAUUCUGCGAGGUCAGAAGCCGAACUCAAGCCAUUUUCCAGCGUUACAGCAAGUUGAUGGCACGCUGCGAAAUGAGCUCCUUGCUAUCACAGACACCUACGUUGAAAGCACACUCCGCAGCCAGGAUACCGCUCAGGGCAAGUGGCUCGCCGAGGACCCUUCGCUCUCUCAGAUCCAGCAACAGCUCAUGCGCCGGUGA